GACAUUGUCAGCGUCUCCAGCCAACUUGGAAUGAUUUGGGAGAUAAAUACAACAACAUGGAAAACCCACAGGUCUAUGUUGUUAAAGUGGAUUGUACUACAGAUACUCCACUGUGUUCUGAAUUUGGUGUCCGAGGAUACCCUACCCUAAAGCUGCUUAAACCAGGACAAGAACCUCUGAAAUACCAAGGCCCUAGGGACUUCCAGACACUGGAAAAGUGGAUGUUGGAGAAACUAAAUGAGCAACCAUCUGAUCCAGAAUCUGAUGUGGAACCACCAAAAGCCCCUGAACCUAAGCAGGGAAUGUAUGAACUCUCAGCAGACAAUUUCAAGAUGCACAUAGCAGAAGGUAAUCACUUUAUCAAAUUCUUUGCCCCUUGGUGUGGUCAUUGCAAGGCUUUGGCCCCAACCUGGGAACAGCUGGCUCAAGCCUUUGAGCACUCGGAAACUGUCAAGAUUGGCAAGGUUGACUGUACCCAGCAUUAUGAAGUCUGCUCUGAAACCCAAGUUCGUGGCUAUCCCACACUCCUCUGGUUUAGGAAUGGUGAAAAGGGUGACCAGUACAAAGGGAAGCGGGACUUCGAUUCCUUAAAGGAAUAUGUGGAUUCCCAACUACAGAGCUCUGGGAAAGAGCCACCAGCAGAUAAACCCGCCGAAGCCCCGCAGCCACCUGCAGAACCCACGCGGGUUGAGGCUGCAGUGCUCUCUCUUUCUGAAAAAGACUUUGAUGCAACCAUUGCUAGGGGGAUCACCUUUAUUAAAUUUUACGCUCCAUGGUGUGGUCACUGUAAGAACUUGGCUCCAACUUGGGAGAACCUUGCCAAAGAGCAAUUUCCAGGUUUGACUGAUGUCAAAAUAGCAGAAGUAGACUGCACUGUGGAACGUAACGUCUGCAACAGAUUUUCUGUACGUGGUUAUCCUACACUUCUGCUUUUCCGAGGUGGAAAGAAAGUCAGUGAACACAAUGGAACAAGAGACCUUGAAUCCCUGCAUAGCUUUGUCUUGCGUCAGGCAAGGGAUGAAUUGUAAUAAAAGUCUGGAUGCUCCGUCCCUGGCUGUCUUUGUACAGUAGCUGAGGGAUUUCAAUCAUUGCUAACUUUUCAAAUAGUGUAUUUGGGGUGGGAAUUGGGGCAUUUUUUUCUGUUUGUUUUUAGGAAAUUGAGUGUACUAAACAUUGGUAUCUUCCCUCUGUGUGUGUGUUAAAGACAUGCUACCCUGUGUGUGAAGGAAAACUAACAAGUAGUUACUGUGGAAAUUGAGAAUAUUUUCAGCAUUGGUAGUAUUACUGCAUUUCUGCGUUCCCGCAAUGAAGUGUAAAUGGUUUCCUUUGAGACUAAAAUACAUUAAGAAAACCAGCUUAAGGGCAGUAGUAGAAUAUUUUUGUCUUCAGGUUAGAUUUUGUUAAAAAGUAAUCCUUACAAACUGCUCACCAUUGCUAGAAAGGUAAAAGCUACAGCUGUGUUGAGUCGCUUUUGCCUCUACAACUGUACUUAAACCCUAUUUGUCUUAAUAUGGCUGCUGGUUAAGAAAUGGAAAGUCACGGGAGGUUGAAAACACACACACCUUUGGAAGAUACCACCGCGAGCUGGUUGUUUCCUGUUAAUCCUCUCAGCACGGGAGGUCUAGCCAUAAUGGAAGAGAUGGUACUGUAACAUGUGCCUGAACAUUACUGAUGCCAUAGUGUCUGUGUGUCAGGUGGAUUUUUGUGGGCUGCGUCCGUCCAGCUCCAGAGGAGUAACUAUGCUCUACUUAUAUAGAGCCAAAGUGAAUAGGCGCUAUUAUAACUGCUCCGUUAA